AAUAUAGAUAAAUAGAAUGGAAUUGAAAAUUAAAGGAAAUGAAAUCUUUUCUUUUUAACGAAAAAUUCCAAGGUUAGGAGAAGUGGUAAAAUCGGUAUUGAUAUUUCUUCCAACUCAGUUCUACAAUGUGUUGAAAUUUGAUAAGUUUGUGUUUGUGCACCUGUCAUCAGCAGAAGCCAAAUUGAUUGGAUGUUUUUGUGAAAGUUAUGCAAUGCACACAUUUUAAGGAUUGGCAACUGUUUAUCCCCUCCCUGCUGAAGGGAAAUUCCAGGGAUCUUGAACAUUUUAAUUAGACAGCGAGAUUUCCUUUUGCUGGUUCACGAUCAGAUGAUGCAAUAAUCCAUGAUCAGAGCUCCCAAAAGAACUUUUGGUUCCUCGAAGUCAUAAAUGCAUUAUACCUGUAAUUGUAAUUAAGAGAGGGGGAAAAAACUAGGGCAUAAUCACUCCAGCUGGCAUUUGUACUUAAUUCAUAAAAGCUCUCUCUUUUUCUCCCCACUCUACCAAUGCUUCAUUGAUGAGAAAAGAGGGGGGAAAUGAAAGGGAGAGAGGGUAAAAGGAGGAGGCAUGCGAAGUGUUUCCACUCCCUAAAGUAUUUUGAGGGAGUUGGGUAAAGUUAUACCCCCUCCCCCCUGUUUUCCAGGCAGGAAAAAGAAAGGAAAUGAUUCCUGUCCAUUUCACUUUAAGAGACUCGUGUCCAUCUGGAGGAAGGGUAGAGGUGUGAGGUUGUUUUGGUUUCAUUGGUGAUUAUUAACAGGUGUUUACCCUGUGGUGAGCCCCGCUGUAAUUAUGAACAGGAAACAAGAGUUAGCAGAAUAGACAGAUAGGCGAGCAUCCUCUUCACUGACAAAACUCUCUUGAACAUCAGUGUUGGUGAAAACUCCGGAAGUUCUUUCGACUUCUGAAUUCAGUGCUCUGCGGUGUGUGAGGGAGAGAGAGAGAGCCUAUGUCCCUGUGUCUGCAUUGUCAUGACCCAAACGUCAUCUGGUCAGGUGAUUAGUAGAGAGGAUUAACAACAACCCCAGCAUGGGUAGGAUAUACCCAGUGAACGGCAAGGAUCAGUGUGUUAAUCUCUUCAAUAUGCUCAAGUUAACAAGGAUUUAGCUGUGUGCUGUUUCAACACUUCUCUAUUCUAAUUGCUUUUUCUAAUCACAUGGAGGGAAGAAAAAAAGAAUGUAGAGCCAAACUGAGCAAUGUAGUCAGAAAAGCCGGUGAGAAGGGCCGAGUCUUAAUGGGGUUAGGAAAGUCUUUGGACAGCGAUAAAGUGAACCUGCUUCAGGAGACGUCCAGCAGUGUGUUUGAGUUAGACGAUGGAUUUAAUAAGAGUGAUUCCUGGAGAAUACCGUGUGAUACCAAAGUGACCGCUCCCCCCGUUCCCCCGCCGGAGUCCGAAGGGCGGACCCACUGGAACUUAGCGGAGGAAAACGAGGACUUUUCUGACAAGUGUCUGAUUCGUCUGUCUGGACGCAGGACCACAAGUGAUUGGUCAGCCACAGGGGUCAAAGGGUCGGAGGCUGAAAUCAGAAGGUGGUCAAAUAAUGAUGUGAUAUCAUCAGAGACUGAAAGAUCCCUUAUAAGCAUACCCUGUGAUCAAUUCGAACGGUUUUCUACCAUGCCAAAACUACGCAAGAAGAAAAAGGCAUUUGUUUCAGAAUGGCUAACCAUGGCCAGGACUCCUUCAAGUCGAUCAAGUCUACGUGAAAAACUACAAGAAGAAUUUCUGUCCUGCAAGAUUUGUCUUGAAUCCUUCAUCAAACCUAAGGCAUUACCAUGUUUGCACAGUUUCUGUGAGCACUGUUUGAGAGACUAUGUGAGGAGGCACCCGGGGGAGAAACCAGGGCACUUCCCCUGCCCAAUGUGCCGAAAGGACACAAAAAUCCCUGAGAGGGGGAUCGGUGAUUUUCAGGACAACUUCCUGCUUCUCUCGCUCUCAGACACGCUCGAUGAGGACGAGGAACCAUGGAACCACGGACCCUCCCCGGGAAAACAGACCACAACCACCCUGGUGUCUCCCCCAAAAUCGUUUGCCCCACCCACGCCACAGGAGCAACAUUUAAGGACUUUUGAGUCACGGGAUGAAAAGAGCUGUAGGAGAAACUGGUACUUUGGUAAAGUGUCCCGACAGGCCUCGGAGGAUUGGCUGUUGAGUCCGGGGUACCCCAAGGGGACGUACUUAGUGCGGCAGGGGGAGGCGGCCCCUGACACGUAUACCCUGUCUGUGAGAGACUGUGAUGAACUCAGAGGUUACAUUGUGAAACAUUAUAAGAUACAUACUCAGAGAGAACCACAGAGUGCUUUUCAGGCUUAUUUUAUUACACCACGGAAACAAUUCAGGACAUUAGACGAACUUGUCAACCAUUACUCAGACAAUGCUGACGGUCUGUGCUGCAAGCUACAACAGAUGUGCAUGAAGCCCCGGUCACUCAUCUGGGCCUUUGACCGGGGCAAGUCCGAUGAGUAUGCUACCACCAGGGACACGGUUUUAAGGGUCAAGAAGUUGGGAAGUGGGCAGUUCGCAGAAGUAUGGCUAGCACGCUGGCAUAGUUCUCGAGACAUAGCCAUAAAAAUCCAGAAAAAAGACGCAGUUAGCUCUGCUGCCUUCUUGGAUGAGGCUCAGCUACUGAAGCAGCUUCAACAUCCGAACAUAAUCAAGCUCCUGGGCGUGUCCAGUGAAACCACCCCCAUCUACCUCCUAUUAGAGUAUAUGGUCAAUGGCCGACUCUCAAACUACCUGAGGGAAGGCAAAGGUCAUGAACUCGGCCUCUCCCAGUUACUCUGGAUAGCUGCACAGAUUGCAGAAGGCAUGGCAUUCUUAGAGAAGGAACAUUUUGUGCACCGGAAUCUUGGUGCUCGCAACAUCCUAGUUGGAGAACGCAAUGUGGUGAAGAUUGCAGGCUUUGGAAUGGCGAAAGUGCAAGAUGACCCAGAUUUCAAUUUCAGAAGAGGGUUAAAAAUGGCCAUAAAAUGGAUGUCCCCAGAGGUGUUAUUGUGUAACAAAUACAGUACAAAAGGAGAUGUGUGGACGUUCGGCAUCGUGUUAGUGGAGAUCCUUACGUACGGAAAGGAGCCUUAUGAAGGCAUGGGAUCGAAGGAAGCCUUUGAGCAUGUCCAGCAAGGCUACAGAAUGCCCCGCCCAGAAAUCUGUCCCCCAGAGGUUUACGAGGUCAUCCUGACCUGCUGGAACUCUAACCCACCCUCACGCCCCUCCUUUGACUUCUUAAACACAUUUUUGCAUGACUUUCAAAGUACGUGACAAAGCCACAUUGUGUUCAACACGAACAGUCUAUGGGCAUGUUACUCUUAUCUGUACCAAGGGCAAGCAACUCCGCCAGUUCUCUCUUAAGCGUUUAUUGGUGGUUUAGGAAUCCAUUUAUCUUGUUAAUAAAUUUUUUUUAUUUUGUCUUGAAUGAUUUGCUUUUGUUUUACGUUUAUUAUUUUUUUUACUUAUAUUGUAAAUUUUGAAUUUUGUAUAUAGAGGAUAUUCUUAUGAUUCAAAUAUUUAAUACAAUUAUCAAAGUUUUAUUACAGCAACUUGCAGAUAUAUUAUACUUUUAUAUAUAUUUUUGUUGUUGCUUGUCCAGUUAUGAUUACAAACUUCAUGUAUGAUAUCUACAAACCUCUUUUCUUAAAUCUCUUAGAAGUGUGAAACCAAUUAUAAUGACACAAGUUUUAUUCUACAAAAAAUCAUCCGUUUUCACUGACGCAAACAACCGGGCAAGUUAUAAAAAGUUUAUGGAUUUUACCAUGUAGAGCAAUACAUUACAUAUAAGCACAUUCAUGACACUAUUUGGCACAUUAUUUUUGAAAUUCCCAAAUGUCAUACCAUUUUAUUUUCAGUACAUCUCUGAAAUUUAUAUGAUGUACCUAACGUGACAAAAAAAAAUUAGAAUCCAUUUUUCAUCCAAAAGGGCCAUUAUUGUUAUUUAUUUCAAAGACAAUUUAUUAAUUUUGAUAUUUUCUCAUUCAUUAUUUUGACUAAUUUGCACAGAAUAUUUGGAUGCCUCUUACUCUUUUGGAAAAUGUGUACAUGUUUUGUUACUCUGUAUUUUUCCCUUUGGUCUCAUUAAUGACAGCGGGCUGUCCGGCUUGUAUACUUAUGUGCUAUGUCUCACAAGUUCUAGGGCGAAAUCUUCUCAAAAUGACAACAGCAAAACCAUUUACUGUGUAUUAGUAGCAUUUCAUAUAACUUUUAUUUAAUGCAAACAACUUUGAGUUUAUGGAUAUAUUAUGCUAUAGUAUUUUUUGCACAUAACAAAAAAAAAAAGUUUCCUGUUUGAUUAUAUGUAUACUUGGAAAUUCAUGAUGAAAAUCUUCAGUAAUGUAUACAUACAUGAUUUUGCAUUUUUCACAAUUUCACUCAAAAUUGCAAGUUUUCAUAGUGAAAUCUUUGUAUGGUAGAAGUUAUUUACAGAAACAUGAGUAUUUUUUCUGUCUCGACAAUUCAGGCCAGUAGUUUUUCAACUUGCAGUAAAAAGAAAUUAAUUCCUCAAUUUCUAUCAGCAUAGCAGUGUUUCAUAGGCUUUACUUCUCACUAUUUUCUCUCUGUCAGUCAUAAUCUUGCCUUACAAUCUGUUGUGCAAAUAAUCUCUGCCAUCUUUUUUCAUUGCUAUUAAACAUCUUUCCAUUUAAGAUUUUGUUUUUUCCCUGCCAUUUUGGUAAAGUGGAGAAGUAAAAUUUCACCAUAGUUCAUGAUUGAUACAGACUCUUGUGUGAGAAAAGUCAAUGCGAGAUGGCUUAAAAAGAAAUUUAUCUUGGGCAAAAUAAUUUGUACUUAGUAAUGGAAUAUGCAAUGCCAAAAAAUUAGCAAUAACAUUUUUUCCUGUACUUUGGUGAUUGGUAUUGUUCACAGAAGAGUUGUGUUCAGCAGCUGAUAUUGACAAGCAAUCAGCUGUCUCUUGUUCCAAAUAUGUGUGUGCAUGUUUAUUUGUAAAUUUUAAGUUAAUAACUUGGUAGUUUGUUAUCCUAUUGGUGCAUAUUAAAUCUGUGUUGACUAAAAGGUUGGAAACAUUUUAUGUUCAAGAUUGUAAAUCAAUGACGGGAUUCGAUAGCUAAUGUUUGUCCCACGUGACGUCUAAAGAGUGCAGAUGUAUAUUUUGGUACGACAAUUUUAAUUUUAUGUCAGAGUGUUUAUGUUCAGUUGUAUAGUUCUUGUUUAUAAGAAUGGCUGCAUUAAUUAGAAAUCUCAACCAUAUAGCUUUUUUUGUUCUCACCUUUGACAAUAUCUUCUUGAUAUCAUAUAAGUUUUUUGUUUGUCCCUGUAUGUUUGUAAUAUGUGGAUUAUGUCCCCCCCCCCCCACCACCUCACACACCCCUUAUGUAUCACACAGGUAGCAAUGCACUUCAGUAUGAAUUAAUUCAGUGUUAUCUUAGUUAAAAAUAUAUAAUAUCAGUAGCAUCCAAAAUAACUAUUGUUAUUACAUUUUUUUUAUGUGAUGUACAUAUGUUGAAUAGACAUGUAUCUGAUGAAAAGUUAGGUUGUGAAUAUGAAAUCUCCCCAAUGCAAUCUUUAUACCAUUUAUCACAUUUUAUUUUUGUCUUCAUUUCAGCAUUCUCAUUUUCAUACCAUAUCUUUUUUAUUUUAUCAAACUUUUUUUUGUACAAAAGAUCCUGCAUGUGUGGAAGUGUAAAUAUUUUGGAAGAAUUUUUUUGUUUUGUUUUGAAGUGAAAAAGAUGUCCAGGCCUUUCAUGUCUGGUUAAAAUUGUUGGGGGAAAAAUAACAGCUGUCUAGAAAUAUUAAAUAAUUUUUUAAGGGAUCUUGCGCCAGUAAGUUGGAUGAAACAUGUUGUUGUCCUGUCAUCUGGUUUGUUUUUAACCUCACAUAAUUGUAAUGAAUAGUGUUGUAAGGAAAAAGUUCAAAAGUUCGAAGUUGUUACUGAUCCAUUACUGAUGUAUUGAAGAUGGAGAGGAGAGAGAUGCAUUAUUCUUUCUUGGGGCAUUGCAAGUCCACUGUGAAUUAAUAGCUACUUUUUUUUUUGUCUUUAAUUCAUUUCCAAAGGCUGUAAUAUAUCUUAUGUCAAAGGUUUGUAUGAUUCAGUGAUCAUGUAUAGGUUUUUUCCUUGUAUAUAUGUAACUGAGUCUUUGUUAUUUCUGCUAUGAAAUGAAGUGGUUUCAGACCACACAGUAAAACCAUUGUUAUUUGUGACAUUUUGUCAUGUGGUUUUUGUAUACACCACAUCUCCAAGUUAAUAAAUCUACUAUACUUUA